GAGUUCUGAGUCAUCUUCUGAUACAUCUGGGUCAUCAACUUCAAAAACCUCUGGGUCCACAAGUACCUCAUCUUCCACUAGCUUGCAUUCAGAGGACAUUGUCGAAAAAGGUUCUUGUACUUCUGCCAGGCAUAGAACGAAACGAGGUCACGCCAAAUGCAAGAAGCUAGAAAAAGGAGGUCCCCGUCGUCUUACGUUUGAUAAAAAUGGGAUUGCCCAGUCACCUAUAAAACAUGUCAAUGAAUUCUCAAGCUAUUGUGGUUAUAUAGCACGCAUGCGUGUUGAUAUUAGGAUAAAGGAUUGGCGAAAAGUGCCUACAGUGGUAAAAUCAAACCUAUGGGAGGAUGUUUCAAAGAAAUUUGUCAUGCCAAGGGAUGAAACCCAUACCCUCAAUGUGAAGAAGGUCGCUUUGAAAUCUAUGAGCCAUGCAUGGAAGGAUUUCAAGUGGAAACUAAAUAUAAAUUAUGUCAAGAAGGACAAAACUCCAUUUGAGGACUAUCCAGAACUCAAGAAAGAGUGGUGGCCAGACUUUGUGGAGUGGGUUACCUCUGAUGAGUAUAUUGCUCUAGGAGAAAAGGGCAAGCAAAGCCAAAGCAUGAAUAAGUUCCGUCAAAAACUAGGUCGGCGAAGCUAUACUGUACAAAAGAGAAAAUGGGCAAAGGAAGAUGCACAAGCAUUAACCGAGGGUAAAUCUAUUCCAUUUCAAGACAUGCCAGAUGGUCGUCAUAAGGAUUGGGCAAGGGCGAGGAAUCCUUCUGGCGAUGUGAACAUAACAGAGUCGCAUCCAAUCAUAAAGAAAAUUGUAGAUCUAAAUGAAAAGUCAGUAGCUGGUACCUUUACACCAUUGGAUAAUAUGGACAUACUUGCAACAGCAAUAGGGAGUAAUCAUCCAGGGAGGACAACAGGGGUGAGUGCUUAUGUGGGUUUAGGGAUGGGUCUUGCUCAAGGUGAUGGCCCUCGUAAGAAGAAACGUAGAACAACGAAAGAAUAUGUCAAGAGGAUUGUGGAUGAGUACGAGGCCAAGUUUGAGAAACUGACAGCCCUGUGUCAGAGUAUGGAGCGUCGAUUAAACAAUUCUGAGAGUUGCUCAUCUUCAAAAUUUGUUGAUACACCAAACCAUGCAACACAUCAUUCAGUUGACUCAUUACAAGAGGUGAUGAAAUGCAAGUUGGUGGUGCAGAUAGGUCCGCAAUCUGUUGUGGUCGCUAGAGGACAGGCUUACCCUCCAAAGGAUGUUGUAACCGUCCAUGGGAUUGAGCGGCGAGAUGACCACACAAAAGUGCAGGGUCUAUGCAGUAGAAUUCAGUGA